CAAAAAUAUAUAAUUUGAAUUGCUGCAAAAUAUUGCGCGUACACACACAAGUAUACAAUAAAUAUAUAUAUAUAUAUAUACACAUAGUUGCCCAUAUGUUACGGAUGUAUAUAUAUAUAUAGACCAGUAGAGGCGCGCUUUUUCUAAAAGGAGUGCUCGUUCUGGGUGUGUGUGUUUGUAAUUGUAUAAAUAUAAAUAGUAAUUGGGGUAAGAAAAUAGAAAAAUACCAUCGAUGUACAUCGGAAUAUAAUAUAGUAGAAAUACUUUCAUACUGUCAUCCUAGUAUGUAGAGCUGAGGUAUAUACAUCCAAACUUUUACACACACAGAGAUUUAUAUAUAUAUAUAUAUAUAUAUAUAUAUAGAUAGAUAGAUAGAUAGAUAGAUAGAUAUAGAUAUAUAUAUAGUAGGGCAUCAGACCUACAAAUGGUAAUUGUAACAUAUUCUUCUGGUUGGACUAUUUCAAAGCAUAUGAUCAGAGAUAGCAGCAAGUGCCCUAGAAAAAAUAAGUGUAAACAAUAAGAACUCCGACGACCGCGACGUCUCUUUUGAGUGACGUGAAGUUUUUUUUUUUCUAAAAGAUUAAUUUUUGGGAAAAGAGUUAAAAGAAGAAGAAAAAAACAAGUUUGGGAAGAAAGGAAGAAAGAAAAAGAAGAAAUCACAAACGUAGGAGAUAUUUGUAGACACGCCCCAGUUUUUUGAGGAAGGAAAAGAAAAGAGAGAGAGAGAAAUAGGAAAACAGUGGAGCAACAUUUUUUAAAAAAAAGUGAAAUAUAUAUAUCGUCUUCUCUCUCUUUCUCUGCUCACUUUUGUGCAAGUGAGUGUCUGCUGCAUUUUGGCUGCAAAACUUUGUAUUAAUUACACUUGAGAAAUAAGUGUGGCAAUGUGGGGACAGCUGUGAAGGAAAGAAAGGAAACAGUUUGUAAACAAGGAGAGAAAAGGGACACCUUGCCAAAGCAAAUUGAAAUCCCUUCUUAAAUAAAAAGAAGGAAGAAAUACAAGCGAGAAGAGAACCUUGCCGAUCUUGUCAAUCCACCUUUUCCACCAACUAUAUAUAUAUCAAACAAAAACCCUUGUUAAAACGAGAGAAGAGAGCCCUAAUUUUGAAAUACCUAUCUUGUCGCACACAAGUUUUUUUCCACCAACUUUAUACUUUAUAUAUGGGACUACCUUUCACUUAAUUUUUUUCUUCUGGAGUGAAAAGUAACAAGCAUAACCUUCCCAAAAGGAACAAAACUGAUCGGAUUCAAUCUUUCUUUGCUUCUUCUUCUUCUUCAUUUCACACACACACAAACGUUCACUUGUUCACCCUCCUCUUCUUCUUUCCCCCCCUCUCUAUUUUCUCUCUCUCUAUCUAUCUCAAUCUCUCUCUCUCUCUCGUCUCGUCUUCUCUAUCUGUAAUAAACUCACUCUGAGCGGCCGAACGAACCAAACAUGGUAUACACGGGCGAAUUUUGUAUGGGGUCUCGUUUGCUGACACCACUUUCAGAUUUCUUCGGUUUACCCAUAGACCAGAUAAAUUUUAUAGUGUGUCAGCUCGUGGCCCUUCUCCUGGGUAUUCCAUUCCGCAGAGUUUUGUCACCGAGGAAAACCAGUACGACAGUACGACAUUUGGUGGAGGUGCUUGUUGGUGUCGCACUGACUGUCUUCUGUUUCGGAUAUCAAGUAUGGCACAUUGUGGCUCAGUCCGCUGUGACAUACAUUAUCCUGUUAGUGGCGCCGGCGAUGCUGGCCCAUAAGAUUGUUUUUGUGUUUGCCAUGGGUUACCUGUCCUGUAUGCACAUCUACCGGCAGUAUUACGAUUACGGAGGAUAUACAAUGGAUAUAACGGGGCCUCUCAUGAUCAGCAGCCAAAAGCUGACCAGUCUGGCGUUCAACCUCUACGAUGGCAGGUAUCGCGACGACAAAGAUUUAUCGAAAAGCCAGCGCCAGUAUGCUGUCAAGUCGAUGCCAUCGCUGCUUCACUUUACCAGUUACAUGUUUUACUUUCAUGGAAUCAUUAUCGGUCCUCUUGCCUUCUAUGCAGACUACAUGCAUUUUAUAAAUGGAGACUGGUACCGAGAAUGGGAAGUUGACGGCCGAAUAGUUCAGAAGCCUUUAGAAAAUGUGCCAUCGCCAAGAGUGGCUGUUACGAAGAAGCUUAUCGGCGCCUGCGUUUGUGCUGUCAUCCUGCUCACAAUGCCGAAAAUCAUCCCGCCACAGAAGAUGCUGGAACCUGAUUUCAUGGAGAACACCAGUUUCCUGUGGAAGGUACUCUACAUGACGGUAGCCGUAUCGUUUGUACGAGAGAAAUACUAUUUUGCUUGGGUCCUAACCGAAGCAGUGAACAACUCUGCCGGAUUAGGAUUCAAUGGUUUCGACGAAAAGGGGGAAGCCAAAUAUGACCUGUUAGAGAACGUCAAUAUAUACGGAGUGGAGACUGCUGGCAGUCAGAAAGAUAUCAUCGACAACUGGAACAAAACAUCGACCAUUUGGUUGCGCCACACCGUCUACGACCGUGUGCCGAGGAUGCGCACGAUGUCCGUGUUUGCCGUGAGUGCGUUGUGGCAUGGCUUCUACCCCGGGUAUUACGUCACGUUUGCCACUGGGGCCAUGUUUACAAUUACGGCCAGAUUGGUACGAAGGAACAUUCGCCCAUUAUUCAUCAAAGCUAACCUACAUCCUCUCUACAAUGUAAUCACAACGAUAUUCGCUCGAGUAACAAACUCCUAUGGAGCCCUGCCGUUCGUCUAUUUGGAAUUCAUGCCUGGAAUAAAAGUUUACCUGUCAGUCUACUGUUGGGCGCACGUCUGCUGUUUGUUGAUCAUUCUUCGGUAUUCCCUGUUUGCCAGUCCACACAAGUCAAAGACAGACUCACACCAUCGCUCAGUACAACAAACAUCCACCGCAACAACAGAACAACAACAACAACAACAGCAACAACACCUCCAUCAGACGGCUCAAAAGAAAAAGAACUCUAAUGGACUCUUCUCUUAUAUAAUACACUUAGUUAUAAACACACACACACACACACACACAUAUACACACACAGACAUACACACAUACUCACAUAAGCACAUUUGCUUGCGUGUGUGUAUAUACAUACAUGAGCACGUAAUAAAUAUAUUAAUAUAUAUAUAUAUACAUAUAUAUGCAGAACGUGUGUGUAUGUGUGUGUGUGUUUAAAGAGAUAGUUCAGCUGAGUACCAUGAAUCUUUUUAGCAAAUCAAUUUUUCAGGGCUUCUAGUUGACAAUGAGCCCUUCAAACACACACACGUGCACGCACACACGCAGAUACACACAAAGAUAUAUAUAUAUAUAUAUAUAUAUUACUCUGUGUGUAUAUGUAUACAUAUGUGUUUGUAUUUGUAUAUGUGUGAA